AUGGUCGCAGCGCUUAUCCUAGGGCUGUACCUGGCGUAUGCUACAAUCGUGGGCUAUCAAAGAUUGUCGCAGUUCCCCGGCCCGGUUUGGGCGCGAUUCACCAAUCUACCGCGAGUAAGAUGGCUGCAAACCGGUCGUUCGCACGACAUUCAUAUGGAUCUUCAUGACAAAUACGGCACAUUUGUUCGUCUGGGUCCGAACAUGAUAUCUAUCUCGGAUCCCAACGCCCUCCCCACGGUGUAUCCAAGCAGACCUGGUGUCAAGAAGGGAAACUUCUACCGAGCCCUGACGCCAUUCGUUGGCAAGGGGGAUCCUUUGCCUCUCGUCUUCAACACCCGAGACGAAGCCUUUCACCGCGUUUUCCGAAGGCCGAUCGCCCCGUUGUAUACGAUGGCCAAUGUGUUGACCUACGAGUCCACCGUUGAUCGAGUCCUUGAUCUUCUCGUCGCACAGUUGGAUACGCGAUUUGCCGAGCCGAGGCGAAUAUUUGACCUGGGCUCGUGGCUGCAAUUGUUCGCUUUCGAGAGUAUGGCUUCCGUGACCUUCUCCAAGCGAUACGGCUUUCUAGAGAAAGGAAUAGAUGAAACGGGGCUUCUAUUCACCAUCGGGAGAUUACGAAUCACACAAAUACCCUGGGCGGACUUUCUCUGGAACAAGAAUCCCAUUGUGACUCGCCUCAUGCCUACCACUGCGCAGCCCAUUAUGGACGUGGUAAUGACCAGAAUCCACCAAUGCCAGCAGGAGGUCGAAAAGGGCGGAAUGGAGGGCCAGCCCAAGACCUCCAAAGACUUCCUCUCACAGUUCAACGAAGCCCGCGAUCGGGCCGUGACCGCCUGGACAUUCUCGAAUGUCUUGGUGGGUUCCGAUACGACUGCGGUGGCAAUGAGAAACCUCUGGUACAACCUCCUCUCCCACCCAAGCUCGAUGGCAAGUCUGCAGGCUGAGUUUGGAUUCCAAGAAGGCGCUGGUAGAAUGUCGCGGCCACAUCCACCGUGGAGCGUGAUUACCGACUUACCUUACCUGGACGCCUGUUUGAAGGAAGCCCUGCGCUUGCACCCCCCGUUCUGUCUGCCGUUCGAGCGGAUCGUCCCUGCAACAGGCAUGACUGUCUCCGGCCGCUAUCUCCCUCCCGGAACGACUGUUGGUAUGAACCCAUGGGUGAUCAAUCGGAAUAGAGAGGUGUUUGGUGAGGAUGCCGACAUGUGGCGGCCAGAGAGGUGGCUGUCUGAUGCCCACAGUCACACCAUAAUGGAAAAGACUAUGUUCAGUUUCGGAGCAGGACGACGUAUGUGCUUGGGUAAGAUUGUAGCCAUCUUCGAGAUCAAAAAGUUGACUGCCACACUCCUACUCAAGUACCAUCACCCGGAGCAUUUCAAGACAGAAAAUUAUUUUUUCUUCCACCAGACUGGUCUGAUGGCAACGAUUGAGAGGCGGAUUUAG